CUGGACUAGAUGUUGGAUGUAUGUUAAGAAAAAUUAUCCCUAAACGCGAAUUAGUAGAAUUGUGGUUAUCAAAAAUGCCGCAGAUAACGAUAGAUAGUACAUAAAUCUGCAAAACGGCGGUAGCGAUUCCGAUAAACUAUAGAUAGGGAACGGCUAAAGGGAAGGAGUGGGCUAGGCUAAAUGAGAUACAAACGUUACUACGUAGUGAAUGCUGCUGGGUUGUUCGUUUGAUGGCUAGUGCAUGUAACGCUAUUUUUGUUUUUACUCAAUGCUUGUAUUGGAGUAUCUACCACAUAGGCAAUUUUUAUUUAUCAUCAAAGUACGAAUUGUUCAACGCAUUGACGGUGGCUCAUACGUUGUAUAGCAAUUCGAAUCAUUCUCUGUAAAUAGUCCUUAAAUGGCAUUUGACUUAAUUUACGGACUCCUAGCAUGUCUUCUCCUGUAGGAUCUCAAGGAAAAUACCAGGUCACAUCGAUCAACGCUACUCCAGCUGGUGAGUGCAGCAAGAUGGUUAACGAGGCCAGCAAUGGUAAGGGAGGCGGGGCCCAACAUCAACAACUUCAGCAAUCUCAACAACUCGACCCAACGAUGUGUCUCGAACUAGCCCUUGAAGGCGAGCGACUUUGCAAAAGCGGUGACUUUACCGCUGGAGUGGCUUUCCUUGAAGCUGCUGUCAGGCUGGGCACGGAUGAUGCAAGAGUGUUGAGCGCCAUCUAUUCACAACUGGGGAACGCUUAUUUCUACCUGUCGGACUACGAGAGAGCAUUACGGUUCCACGAACUUGACCUUAAAAUUGUCCAAACACAACGAGAUGCGCUGGGUGAGGCAAAAGCCAGUGGCAACCUAGGCAAUACACUCAAGAUGCUCGGAAGGUUUGACGAGGCCACCCUGUUCUGUGAACGUCAUUUGAUCAUCUCCCGAAAAGAAGGCGAUAAGAUUGGCGAAGGUCGGGCGUACUAUAACCUCGGCAACGUGUUCCAUUCGAAAGCGAAACAGUUAGCGCGGGGAACGCGACUCGAACCGGGUGAUUACCCGGUAGAGGUCCGCGUCUUACUGCAUAAGGCUGUCGAGUGCUAUGAAAAAAAUCUCGAUCUUAUGGUCAAACUCUCCGAUCGUGUAGCGCAGGGUCGCGCAUAUGGAAAUCUCGGCAAUACACAUUAUCUGCUGGGCAACUUCCGUAGAGCAAUCACUUUUCACGAACAAAGACUUAAGUUUGCUACAGAGUUUCGUGACCGGGCCGCAGAAAGGCGAGCGUAUUCGAAUCUUGGCAACUGCCACGUAUUCUUGGGUGAAUUUGCCCGCGCAGCUGAAUGCUACCGAAGAACCAGGAAACUUGCUCAGCAACUGAAUGACCGAGCGGUUGAAGCUCAGGCAUGCUAUUCUCUAGGAAAUAUCUAUACUCUUAUUGGAGACCUCGAGAAUGCGCUUGGUUUUCACUUGGAACAUUUAGAAAUUGCUAAAGAACUUCAAGAUCGUGUCGGCGAAGGUCGAGCUUAUCAAUCGCUCGCACACUGUCAUCAGGGCCUGGGAAGCCUCGAAAAAGCGGCUGAGCUGGCUUCGCUUCAUCUCCAAUUGGCACAAGAGACGGGAGACACUGAAAGUGAGGUUGUAGCUCGGCAAACCCUAGAAGAAUUGUCAGCCCAAUUAGGAACGCCCAUCAGACAACCCCCGCAUAAGGUUCGACGUCGAAGUAUGGAAGAUAUGUCUCUGGUGAGCAUGACUCCAGAAAGCCGACAGGCAACAGGAAGCGCGACUGAUAACGAGAAUGAAAAAGAUGGAUCGACUUCAACGAAUGCUGAAGAUGAUAAGGCUGAAGCGAUGGAGACAUCAUGUCAGGCCAUAGAUGGUGAAAAGAAUUCUUUUUUGGAUAUGCUCACUGAAUUGCAAGGAGAUCGCAUGGACGACCAGAGGUGUCAGGUCGUCACUCAAGCAUCAAGCAGCAGUGCAUCAGUGAAGAGGUUCAAUUUACGUACACGCUCAGUAUCAGUUGAUACGCAUCAUAGAGACGUCCUCCACCAUGUCAGUUCGACCCGCACAACGAAUUCGACCGUGACAGCUUCCCAAACCACAGCAGGUGGAUCUGGUGGGCAGAGAGUAACAGGCUCCAGGACAAGGGGAUCCAUUAGCGGAGUGUCUGGCGCUACCGGAGAGGUCCGUGAGGAACUGUUAGACCUCAUCGAAGGUCUACAGUCGCGACGGAUGAACGAACAGCGCACAAGUCUUCCACAACUUCCAGGUCUAAUAGGUUCUGGAGGUGCUGCUGAGGUAUCAAAUAGUGGCCGUGGGACGGGCCUUGGGAGACGAGCUGUAGGCGAUAAUGGUCAUUUACAGAGCAACAUUAACAACAAUAAUUCUCAGGUUGUACCGAAUCGUAUGCAGCUUUCUGGCGAGGACUUUUUUGAGAUGCUAGCGCGAUGUCAGAGCUCGCGUCUGGAGGAGCAGCGCAGUCGAAUGCCUCAACAGGCUGACACGCUGUCGCUCGGGUCAGCGGACUCAGGCGCCCAUCUCGCGCCCAGCAAUGCUGGACAACAGCAGAACGCUGGCAAUGCAGCAGGCACUUCAUCAGGCACGACACAUAGGACGUCCGCGCCUACCGUACCGGAUGAAGAUUUUUUUAGCCUUAUAUUGAAGGUACAGGGAGACCGUAUUGAAGAUCAAAGAACGGCUUUCAAGCCUAUUCAAGAGAACCUAGAGGCACAUGGGGCUUCCGACAGUGGCAGAGCUAGUAGUGGCAAGGGUUCAGGAUCGGGAUCUGGUGGCACCGGUUCGCAGAGAUCCUCGACGAGGAGCAACCGCGAAAAUGCAGGUGGACUGCGAGGGAGCCUCAAGCAAGCCCUUAAAGCUGUAGCUCGUAAUGCCCGCCCAUCUGUCAAGCUUAACUCUUCGGCUCGUAAACCACUGCAUUCUUUCCACCAUCAACUCCAGCAGCAACAGUCAAUGGGUUCAUCAAAGCGUAAAGGGCUGGCUUCACUUUCUAAUUCCCAAAGCUCUCUUAGUUCCCGUACAUCGCGAAGCUCGCGUUUAACCUGUCAGUCUUCAUCAAUGACAACUAUGACCACGUCGACAUCCGCUUCAUCCGCGACAUCGGGCGUAUCCCUAAGGUCGUCAAGUAAUGCUGCGGCAUCAUCUUCCGGCGCAAACCUUGUUCCCCCAGCCAAAAACUAACGACCAGAUUAAUUCGUUCUAUUCGCGUCUUAUGUUAGCUUUCAUCAUGUAGUCGUUGAGCGCACAAUCAGAUAUCAUGAAUGCAUCACUUAUUCGUUUGGCCAUUGUCACAUCGUUCGAAUUCGGGCAUGCGGAUCAUUAUGCAGGUAUUUUCGUUUAGUCAGAAACGCUAAUCCGCAGACAAAAUAAUUAUGCAAGCGAUGUCUGAAUUUUGAAGAAAAGUCAAUCUUUUCUCAUAUGUGACAACUAGUCCUGCCUACGCUUUCCUAUUUUGUCUUAUACAGUGUUUUUCGAUCUCUUCUAUUUAACACAAAGUUACGUAAAGCCAAUAGAUUGCAUAUUGAUUUCUGCAUAGUCGAUAACAAUGUACUAUAUUUUCUCCUUUUUACCCUAUUUUAUUCUCUAUUUUAUUAAUCUUUCUACUUGAGCAGGACUAAAACAUUAUUCCGAAAUUAUACAAAUAACUUAUAAAUACGACAUCGCGUUUGUUCACAAAAAGUCGAGAAGCUUUUUUCUUUGUGAAUGGUUUAUAUUGUGUGGUUUCUUAGUUUGACUUUAACAAGAAAAAGAAAAAUAGAAAAAAGCUUGUGUAAAAAGACGUUUUUGCCGUCGCAUGCAACGCGCUUGCUUGCUUGCCUGAUGUGGACUUGUACAUGUUUUCGUCAUUUAUCUUUUGAUAUCCUCUAUCUUCCUAGUAUUACAUUUUCCGUCUAUAAAUAAAAAAUAUAGCAUGAUUGAAAAGUUAAGCUAUUGCCAUACGCAUAUAAGCUGAUGUCGCUAGUUCACGCGCUAAAAACAAUAAACGUAUACACAAUGUUGUAGAGUGCACAGGAAAGAAACACAUUGUUGCUCCCUUGAUUAUGAAUUAUUUACAAUUGUUCUUACUAACCAAUAAUGUUAAUUUGUGUAUGAACACAGGUUAAAUACGUAUGUGUAUAUUCAUAUAUUUCAAGUUCGACCUAUCUAGAUUUAGAGCGCGCGAGAGAACCAGGGGUAAUGUGUGUGAGAGAGAGGGGAGGGAGAGCGCGAGAGAGAAAAAAAGCAACAAAUGCGUCAACGGCAAACUAAUAGCAGGACUCGUAGCUCUUUCGGAUGUAGAGAAAACGUAGGGCUGUGAAAGCGCGUGUAAAGCGAAAGCGGCAGGAGUGUGCUGUUUGGUAGGAGUGAGUAAUAUAUCAUGAUAACAGAAAAAUGACUGAGGGUCACAAAGGCAUGGUACAUACAGCUGUCCGCAUCAGCAGAACAACAACAACAAGCAGUCACUUCAAGGCAAAACAAAAAACCGAUCGUAGACAAAACAGUUAGAAAAACGAGCACUUGUCCGAUAAAAAUGACGAUGUCAAAGGUGAAGUAAAAGCCGUCAGCGCGCUUACCAGUUAUGUUUAUAACUAAAACAAAUACAAGAAUGGCAUUGUUAAAUUCAGAAAAAAAAGCCUAUAAUAAGAAUAAAACAUACCUACUGUUACAGCACGCGCCCUCCAAUUUGAUGCCACGGUACAAGGUAUAAGACGAAAUUGUGCCGAUUGUAUUCCGCCACCUUAUUUGGAUGUGUCGAUAGAUAAAAGAAGUGAGAGACAUCAGAAAAAAACAAGUACAUUACACACACAUACACACACAUAUAUAUAUAAGAAAAUAAAUAUUGACUAAUAACAGAUCACAAUAGAUCGCUGACGAAGCAGGUAACUAUUUGAGAUGCGUUGCAGUUUACCUGCUUGCGGUUGUAGAAAAAAACAAUGCAGAACAACGUUACGAUGAUUAUAUUGAUAACGAGAUAAUAAUAGUAAUAAUAAGAUUAACGGCGAUAAUAACAUCGUUACUAAUUA